CUUAUUUCGAGAAUAAUAUAAAAUAAUUAUAAAGUAUACGCAAAAAAAAUGAAUACUCUACAAAAUUAAAAACACCUAAUAUAGCAUUUCCAAUUUAAUUUAAUUAAAAUUUAAAAAAUAAACCCACAAGACAAGCUAAGUAAAUAAUAAAACUUAAUAUCUAUACUUUAUUUAUAAAGAGGUGAAAUUCCCAUUCAGUUUUCACGCCUAACAUUCUUCUAUCACAUAAGGUCAGUUCCUUUUCUCGCUGCCAUGAUUGUUUCAGAUUCCGAUUCGGCUACCCCAUCGUCCAAUUCUCGCCAAGCCGAUCAAUCGGCCUCUGGCCGUAACCCCGGCCGCACUCCAUCACCCCAGCCGUCACCGUCGGCCGUUCCUGGCCACAAACGGCGCCGAUUGAGGAAGCAAUUCCCUUCCUCAACUCCGGUGGAUGAGGGGUCGAGGGUUGGAUUGGACGAGAACAUCAUGGCGCUGUGCCAUUGUCAAAUCACCGACCGGGGGUUCGCCGAUGCUACUGACAUGGUUGGCCCCUCCAUUGAGGUCAUGAGACCUACCAGUACUCAAACUGCUCUAGACGCACCCUCGGGGUUCUUCACGGUCCAUCUGGCGUCUUUGAAGAAGGGGCUGCGCUUUCCACUCCACCCGUUGUUGGUCGAAUACCUCAACGAGGUGGACCUUCUUCCGUGCCAACUGGUCCCCAAUUCUCACCGGUACAUCGCCGGUUACUUGGUCCGAUGCAAGGCUGUGGGGGUGAAACCGACCUUGGACCAUUUCAUAUUCACCUUCAAACUGACCAAGGGCCAUAAGGAUUGGGCGUCCUAUGCCAGCCUUUCCCAGAGAUCCAGUAAACUCUUUGCGAGUGACAAGAAGGGCUCAACCAAAGACUGGAAGCCUUUCUUUGUCUUCGUUUCGACGGGGCCCGAAUCUCCUUUCACGGGUUCAGGGCGCCCUUCCUUCCGCCGCAUCCCAUGCCCUCCACCUGAUGCCACCCUCCUGUCCAUCACUCGCCAACUCUGCAAUAAGGGAGUUAUGAACAUCAAGGAGGUGGUGACAGAGGAAACCCUUGCCGGGUUGGGGUUUGAGUUUGUUCAGGAUGAGCUUCGCCACCAACCCGACCUACUGAGGGACACCCCCGGGGGGCAUCAGCCUGACCAGCUGAAGGACAUUCCUGAGGAAGGUCUUGACUGUGGUCCUUUUGUGGAACUACAAGAUUCAGGUGAAGAGAUGGACAUCGAACUCCUGCUCAGUCGCUUCACUGCAGGGAGGAAGAGGAAGAGAGAGACGAAGGGCCAGGGCAAACGCUCUUCGUCCCACCACGGGGAGGGUCCUUCCCAGGAGCCAGCUGUAAUCGUGGUGGAGGACCAGGAUGAUGCUACCCUGGAAACGGGUACAGUGACUGGUCAUUCCCCCCCACUCUGGGACGUGCAACUGGAGACCCUGAUCACCCUGCCCACUGAGGACCAAGCUCGCAUCUCGGCCGGUUCUGAGGAUGACCUUGAUAACAUGGUCCUUUUAAGGCUAAGCCAGGCCACGCUGGGGAUGAUCGAGGUGGUUGGUAGGAGACGGGGUCGCCAGGCCGCCGCGGACGAGGCGAUGAAAGCAGCCGAGGCCACGCAGAAGGAGCUGCAGGAAGAGGUCGUUCGACUCACAAGGGAGUUGGGGGAGAAAGAGAAUCGCUGCGCGGCGCUUGCUGUGGAGAAAACUUCCCAGGAGAACCGUUGUGCCGCCCUUGAAGCAGACAAGGCCUCCUGGUCCCUAAAGAUAGAAUCUGUUUCUGCCCGCGUGCUCGAGCUAGAGGGGGAGAAAACUGAUCUGAUCCAGCAGUUGGAAAGGGAGAGGAGCGACCGGGUCCAUCAUGCAGAGGAAGCGGUAGAAUCCUUCAAGUCAUCUCCCGACUUCACGGUGGUCGCGAUGGAGCGGAUGGAAGAGCUAACGACUGCUUGGCUCGAAACUGAACCUGGGGCUCAAUGGAUGGUCAAGGAGGGCACCAAGUCCUUCAAUUGUGGACUCUUCCGGGCCCAGCAGGUCUUCCGUGACAGACUGGCUCAGCUCCCCAAAGGAUUCUCUCUCCCCGACCUCGGCUUUCCCCCUCCUUGCCGCUCCCUGGCCGAGUUCGACCCUCGCCCUUAUUUGGACGAAGGGAGCUCAAGCGCGUCUGAAGAGGAGGAAGAAGGAGGAGAAGAAGACGGCUCAGGCGAUCAAAAUCCGGGGGCUAGCUUAGCCACAUCCAAGGCGGGUGACAACCCUAGCUCGAGCGUUUAACUUUCCCCGUUGUUCCCCCAGAUUUUUGUAAACACUUGUUGUUGUUAUGUGUUUUUUUUGAAGUGACUCAUCAUUUUGAUGCAAUGCUCACAUGCUACUUGAUUCGUUG